ACUAAAGUACUUGGAUAACAUAACCUCAAGGAUUCAUGAGAUAAAAAGUGCUUAUACAAUUUAUAUAUUGUACUAUUUAUUAUUCAUAUAAGUUGAUACAGAAGUAAAAGUGUUUUAUGACAUAGUGAGAUAAACGGAAAGAGGAAAAUGAUUUCUCGAAUAACUACAUAACAUAUAUUAUUAAUUUUUGAUUUAUACUUGAAAUAGGUGUUGUUAUAGUAUUGUACAUUUUAUUAAAGAUUUAUUAUAACUGAGGAAUAUUCAGUACAAUUUUAAUUUUGUUAAUAGAAAAAGUUAUUAAUUUUUACUACAUCAUGUCAGCUACAAAGGAAGUGCCGGAACUACAAAUCUUCAAAACAGUAUUAUUUCAUUGUGUAGUAAUAAUAGCCUUACCUGUAUUGUCUUUCUUUACUAGCAAAAUUUUUAUUUUUGAUGGUUUAUUGGGCCUUAAUAAUGUACCAAGCAACGUAUAUUCGGCUGGAGUUGCAAUUUUAGUGUUACAUGUGGCUCUGGGAGCAUUUAUAUACCGUGCAUACUUCGAUGAUCAAUCGAAGAUACAAACUAAGCGAGAUUAAACAUUUCUUUUACAUGUGUAUGCAAUUAAGUACAUAUUCUUGAUAACACAUUUAUUCGUGUAUACUCAUCAGAUGGAGGAUGUUACAUUGUAUUGUGUUACAUUCUGCAAUUCACAUAUUUCUUGGUCAAAGUUUUAGGUAAUAUUUUUUUAUUGAAUACUGUAAACUAUGUAAAUGGCAAAUAUAUCUGUACUUGUAUCAAUCAAUGAAACAUAAUCGCUAAAUAAAAAGCAAUAACAUUCCCACACAAGACUUGCAUAUUGUACAGCACAAACUUUGCAAUAUAGAUACAUCUAUAUGGAAUAGGAUUCCAUUACAUAUCUUCUGUUCAAAAAACUUUUGCAGCAGAUUAUUUCAUAGUUUAUAGCGUAGCUUGCAAUAGUUCAUAGUACCUUUAUGUAUCAUAUCAGAUCCAUAAAUUAAUUAUAGUGCACUUUAUGAUCACAGUACUAGAAUUAUUAGGGGCGAAUCUGUAAGAUUUGGAGUUUUUAUAUGGUUCUUUAAUAAAAUAUGAGGAAAGAAAUUUUCACACUGAAAGAUAAAAUAAUACAAAAGACUUACAAAACUCGAUAUAAAUUCGCCCCUAAUAACAGUAAAUAGCAGCACGUACUUCUUCCACUUUGAUGUGGAAUAAAUAACAAAUUAAUUAUGACUAAUAUACAAAGCGAUACUAUCGUUGUUUUUUUUAGUACCAGUAAGAAA